AUGGUAAGUGAGGAAGAGCUGGGCUCGAUGAUAAAGGAGGCCAAGGGCUCAGGCAAGGAGCGCAAGUUUACCCAGUCCGUAGAGAUCAUCAUGAACUUUAAGGAUAUUGACGUAAAGAAGGGGUUUCAGAUAAACGAGACGGUUCAGCUCCCAAAGACCACGUCGCCUGCCCGGGUCUGCGUAAUAGCGUCCGGCGACAUGGGCAUCAAGGCAAAGAGCGCCAGCGCCGACCGGGUGAUAGACACGGACGAGCUCAGCACGUUUGCAGAGAACAAGAGGGCCGCACGCAAGUUUGUCAACCAGUAUGACUUUUUCCUGGCGGACACAAAGAUGAUGCCCACCGUGGGAAAGGCCCUGGGCCAGAUUCUGGGACCGCGGGGGAAGAUGCCCACGCCGGUUCCGUUCAAUGCCCCCAUCGAGGCAUUUCUGGACAGGUUCAGAUCGUCAAUGCGCGUAAGGGUACGCGGAUCACUGUCGCUCUCGUGCAAGAUUGGCAACGAGACCAUGGACGAGGCGGCCCUGACUGCAAACGCAAUGGCGGUAAUUGGCGCAGUGGAGAAGAAGCUUCCAAACGGUGACAAGAAUAUGAAGCGGAUCAUGAUCAAGACGACCAUGGGCGGCGCAGUAAAGCAGAAGAUACAGACGAGGCGGAAAUAG